CCGGGAGAGCCGCCGCCGGUGGCCGCAGAGCCCCGCCGUCCCGCCGCUACCCCGCCGCCGCCCCCCCGAGGGACGAUGGUGCCGCGGGCCUGGCGCAGCGCGGGGGCUCGCCCGUUCCUGCUGGCGCUGCUGCUGGUGUAUCUGCCUCAGGGUCGCGGCCACCGAGCCACGGGGCCCCGGUUUUUAAUAAGCGACCGUGACAGAGACCCUCAGUGUAACCUGCAUUGCUCCAGGUCCCAGUCCAAACCCCUCUGUGCCUCUGAUGGCAGAACGUACGAGUCAAUGUGUGACUACCAGAGAGCCAAAUGCCGGGAAUCAAGUCUGAGUGUGACACAUCGUGGCCGGUGCAAAGAUGCUGGCCAAAGCAAGUGUCGAUUAGAGAGAGCUCAAGCAUUGGAACAGGCAAAGAAGCCCCAGGAAGCAGUCUUCAUCCCAGAAUGCAAUGAGGAUGGAUCAUUCACGCAGGUGCAGUGCCAUACCUACACUGGAUACUGCUGGUGUGUGACACCUGAUGGCAAGCCUAUUAGCGGCUCUUCUGUACAGAACAAAACUCCUGUAUGUUCAGGUUCUGUAACUGAUAAACCAUCAAGCCAGGGUAAUUCGGGAAGGAAAGUUUCUUUUCGAUUCUUUUUAACCCUCAAUUCAGAUGACGGUUCGAAGCCAACACCUACCAUGGAAACCCAGCCUAUUUUCGAUGGAGAAGAAAUCACAGCACCCACCCUUUGGAUUAAGCACUUGGUCAUCAAAGAUUCCAAACUGAACAGCUCCAGUAUAAGGAAUUCAGAGAAAGUUCAUUCCUGUGACCAGGAAAGGCAGAGCGCCCUGGAGGAGGCCAGGCAGAAUCCCCGCGAGGGUAUCGUCAUCCCGGAGUGUGCUCCCGGAGGGCUCUACAAACCAGUGCAAUGCCACCAGUCGACUGGGUACUGCUGGUGUGUCCUGGUGGACACGGGACGCCCCCUGCCUGGUACUUCCACUCGCUAUGAGACCCCAGUGUGUGAAAGCGAUGCCAGAUCGAAGAGCACAGAGAUUGAUGAUCCAUUCAAGGACAGAGAACUUCCAGGCUGCCCAGAAGGGAAGAAAGUUGAAUUUAUUACCAGCUUACUUGACGCUCUGACUACGGACAUGGUACAGGCUAUUAACUCAGCAGCACCUACUGGGGGUGGGAGGUUCUCUGAGCCAGACCCCAGCCACACGCUGGAGGAGCGAGUGGUACACUGGUACUUCAGCCAGCUGGACAACAACAGCAGCAAUGACAUCAACAAGCGGGAGCUGAAGCCUUUCAAGCGUUAUGUAAAGAAGAAAGCCAAGCCCAAGAAAUGUGCCCGACGUUUCACUGACUACUGUGACCUCAACAAGGACAAGUCGAUCUCACUUCAGGAGCUGAAGGGGUGCUUGGGAGUCAGCAAGGAAGGAGGUAGCCUGAGCAGUUUCCCCAAUGGAAAAAGACAAGGCCUUAACCCUUUCAUAGGUCGCCUGGUGUAGCAGCAGAAGACAGGAAGGGAAGGCAGGAGCCGACCCAAAGGAAAGAAAGAUCUAGCGACAGACGGACAGACACCUUGCUGCUUGUGAGCAAGCACGCAGCAUCAGCAACAUCCAACGUAGCAGAAGUGGCACCCAGAACGUUUGCACUUUUUAAUAAUUGGUUUGGGUUUGGGUUUGUUUUUAAUUGCUUUUCAAUGCCAUUAUCUAAUACUUUGGAGAGUGGGGGGAAGCAGGAUCAUGACUUUUUAAAAUCGGAACAGCUACUGAUGACGUAAAAUUGAGUUCACUGGGACUCAAAGAAAAAGAAUUUUAUAUACUGUAUAUAAAUAUAUAUGUAAAUUGUACAGUUGUCUUGUACAGGGGUUGGAGUCACUGUUCUGUUCCUCCCUUUGCUUUUGAAGGCUGUUAGGGUUAGAGGGACACUUUGCAUUUAAUGGAUUACAGUAAUGCAUUCAUUUCUGCCACCAAACCAUCAUUCAGUUGCAAACCUUAAUACCCCCAUGCAAAAAGGAGCAAGUAUAUCAGCGUGACUUGUGCUUGCAGAUGUGCACACAGUGCCCCAGAUACCAAAUGCUUCUUGGGAGCAGCUGAACCCCUUCUUUUCUUACUGUAAAGCCCUGUGCAACUCACAGGCAGUUGGGCUUUUGAGAGAGCACAGAUUUCACCUAAGUAUUGGUGCACUGCAAAGCUGCUUAAAGUAGGGAUAGAAAAGGGUUGUAUUAAGGACGUACAAAAGUAGUUUCUGCACCUGUUGCAAGUUGGGCAGAAAUGAAUUGCAAAUGCAUUACUAUUCAGGCUCAGAAGACAUGCUUAGCAAAGAUGUGCCAUGCCUCGGGAACCUAAUGCUGUAGGAAGGAUGUGGGAGCCGUAGGCUUAGUAGAGUCAGCGGAGUGAAGUCUUGUAUCUUCCUCUCUGACAAAGUGUUCAUCUAUAUGUUGUACAACAACAAAAAUAUUGAGAAGCCUGCUAAAAGCAGCAUUGGCCUGCCUGUUGCUUUGCUGAAGAGCAAAGAACGUAUUUGUCAGUGCAGAAAGACACAAUCAUGCUGCUGGUCCCCAAGAGUCUGGUUUACUCAUAUUUCAACACUACAGCUUGGGCCAUGCUCACUGGUGAAGGUCUGUCUGCAAUGACUGUUCUCGUCUUUGGUGGUUGUGAAUCCCGAGCUCCUCUCCCGCACAGUGGUGCGCCUGCCUUAGAGUAUCCACUUCACCGGAUUCGCUGUUAUCAGUACCUCCUGUAUUAAUCCCACUCCAGUGUCACAUUACAAUAACAGUGAAGGCUUGGACUGAGGAGCCCGGUGUUCUUGGAGGCCACAGGGGCUGUUUAAGCUACCAGCAGUUUUUCCAAAGUUGUUUCUUACUUAAUCUCAGAUACAAUUGUAAAGGCAGCAGUAGGACAGGGAUACCCAUAUCAGCAAUCCUAGGUUUGGGCAGAGUGUGAUGGGACACGCAGUGUUUUGCUUUGUGCGUUUCCAACCACUGUCAGCACUUGCCUGUUCAUAGGAAAUGUUCUGAGCAGCCUCCCACUUCAGAUCUGACAAUCCUUGUGCCACUUGUCACUGGACCAAGAACCUGUAGUCAGAGAUGAUGACAUGCCAUGCUAAUACGAGAUCACACCAACAAUUGCUUGUAACAGCAUUGCGUUACUGUAGAGACUGGGCUUGUCCCUCGAGGCUUUGUUGCUUUGGUAAAAGAUGUUGCAACACAGCAUCUUCACUCUGGCAUGUCAUCAUGACGAUAGCAUGAGAUAAACACAUCACAGCAAGAGUGUCCUGAUGCAGUAAGUUAGUGCCUUGUUGACAAAAUGGAAAGUUUUAAAAAAGAAAAAACAAACCAGAAAAUCUUUCUAUAAAUAAUUGUUUAAGAAUAGUAAUAACUCUUCCUCUGGGAAGUAGAUUGGAGCUAAUUAAAGCAUUUGGCAUGGUUGAAAACACCUCUGGUAAUCUCUGAAGUAUACAUUACACCACCAUAAUAUAAAGAAGUCAUCUCUUCAGCAAGAACAGAUCCUACUGCUGGAUCUUCAUGGUUUCUCACAUACAACGUAUGUGUUUUUUUGGCCUGCAAGCUCCCAUGUUCUUCAUUGCAUCUUCUCUUUUUAAAUGCCCAGGGCACAUCUUUUGUGUGUUGAAAAGAUUUGGUUUAGUGUAUAGUUAGAAAUGUCCCUGUCACUCAUUAGUCCUAUUGUAGGAGUAAAGAAUGAAUCCAACUGUAUAAAAAAAAAACCAACCCUCUCCUUUUUUAAUAUGCUAGUUUUAGGUAUUAAAAGCUCUGCCUGCUGGGUUGGUGUUUGGUUUGGGGUUUUUUUAAUGUAUAGUUGCAUCCAGCAAAAGCAGCCAACUGGAUGCCCAUAGGAGUUCUGUCAGCAGCCACUGGGGCCAGGCAAUGCCCAACAAGAUUGCGGGGGGAGUGCAGAGCUGCUAAAAGUCACUCCAUCUUUUCUUCUGGAAAUGUCAGUAUACCAGCCAGCCAAUGCUCCUGCCUGUCACAUAAAUCCUUCUGCAGACCUCCUUUUUCUCAUCCUUGUGUCCAUACCCUCCAAAAGGCUUGCAUUCACAUGUAGUUUGCAAUUAAAAUUGGGUCAGUUCUUCAAGGAAGCCAAACAAGGGGUGGCUGUUGAUGUUAACUUUGGUAUUGGUGGGUAUUCAUGUUGCUAUGCUGGAGCUGACUUUAUGGAUGGAAUGGGGUCCAAGCAUUAUAUUGCUUUCCCCUUUACUUUCACAAGACAAGUCCAUGUCCCCACAUCCUUACUUGCUGGGUUUGCAUGGGCCUCUGAGCAGCUUCUGGCAACACUUGUACAUUGGCAUGCAAGACCCAACCAGCAUGAUUGUGUAACAUCUGGAUAGAGGUUAGGUUACUUGUUCUGGGUUUGCGUGUUGGAAGAUCAUGCAGACAGUACUGGUCCUUAUUCAUAUAACCCAUCCUAUGAGUUGUCCAAACAGUCUGUACUCAUCAGAAGAGAGCAGUGCCUCAGCUCCCCUCUUCCCUUGUUGCUUUUGUUGCUAGAUAACUGGCCAGUCCACCUGGCUGCCAGGCCAAACAUGUCCUUAUCUGGCCAUGGUAAGCAUUCUUCUGCUCUGCCUUGCAUCGGUAGCAUCCUACUGAAACUGGGGCAUGGGGAGUGUCAGCGUUGUGCCUGGAAGCAGACCCUGCGCAUGUCUCUCCUCAUCCUUCAAGUUCUCCUGGGUCUCCCCAGCUCUACUUUGACCGCUGAAAACAGCUGGGACAGAGAAGAGAACCAGGGCUCCACAGUGCAAGUCAUCUGCUCUUCCUGCCAGAAGCAAAAAUCUCUCCUUUUUUGCUGAUCCUCCAAGGGCAUAGUAUGUUGGAGGGAACAGCAUUACGGCGCGAUUCAUCCGUGUGAAGGCACCGCUUUCCACGGCCUGAGUUUAUAUGGAACUUACCCUGCCCCAGCACAUUUCCGCCUAUGGCAUUGUUUGUUAGACUGAAAGGCAUCUGUUUGAUUCUGGUUUUGUAAUAAAAUAGAUGAUAACUUUUG